GACAGUAUUCGCCGCGGGUAUGAGGUGUACAAACAGGUGUGCGCCGCCUGUCACGGCAUGAAAUACGUGUCCUAUCGGGAACUGGUGGGUGUGUCGCAUACGGAGGCCGAGGCCAAGCAAGCGGCCUCAGAGAUCCAAGUGCUGGACGGCCCGGACGACACCGGGAAGAUGUUUCUACGACCGGGCAAACUGUUCGACCGCUUCCCGUCUCCCUAUCCCAACGAAGAGGCCGCCCGCGCGGCCAACAACAGCGCCCUACCGCCCGAUCUCAGCGUUAUUGUGCUCGCACGACAUGGCGGCGAGGACUACAUAUUCUCGCUGUUGACCGGCUAUAUGGAGGCGCCGGCGGGUGUGGUGUUGGCCGACGGCAUGCACUUUAACCCGUACUUUGUGAGCGGUUCGGGCUCUAUAGGUAUG